UCCGAUCCGCCAUUUCAGUUUGGAGUUACUGUUAGAAGUUCAGAGAUUUUAUUCAAAUGAAUUUUGACGGAGAUUUCGGUUCUGUGCACUUGAUAGUGUGUCUUUCAUUUCCAAUACCGUAGUAUUCUUUCUGUCUACCAUUGAGUGUGUGGUUGUUCUUGACUAAGGCGGAAUAGCGAGAAGAAGAAGAGAGAAAAAAUUCCGCGGUGCGGAUGCCGUGCAUUUGCUGAGCGAGUUCCACAGAAGCCAAAGUUUUGUAUGAGUUGCGCGCUGGCCGCCUCUAGGAGGAGGGAAGGCUACGGACAGGCCUGAAACCUCGGUGUCGGAGUCGCAGACAUGGCCGGCAAUUUUGACGCCGAGGACCGAGUGAGCUGGUACUGGGGCAGGCUGAGCCGGCAGGAGGCGGUUUCUCUCCUGCAGGGACAGAGGCACGGCGUGUUCCUCGUCAGGGACUCGAUCACCAGCCCGGGCGACUACGUGCUUUCGGUGUCGGAGAACUCCAAAGUGUCGCAUUAUAUCAUCAACAGCGUGAGCAACAGCCGGCAGUCGGGCUCAGGAUUGGUGUCUCCACGGUUUCGCAUUGGAGACCAGGAGUUUGACGCACUCCCUGCACUCUUAGAGUUUUACAAGAUCCACUACCUGGACACCACUACCUUGAUUGAGCCCAUCAGCAAGGCCAAGCAUGCAGGAUUCGUGAGUACCAGCCUGGGGCCAGGGGGUGCCCCCCAGAGGCCAGAGGCAGCAGAGUACGUACGUGCCCUUUUCGACUUUCCUGGCAAUGAUGAAGAAGACCUGCCAUUCCGCAAGGGCGAAGUGCUCCGGGUGCUGGAGAAGCCAGAGGAGCAGUGGUGGAAUGCACAGAACUCAGAAGGCCGUGCCGGUAUGAUUCCAGUACCUUAUGUGGAGAGGUAUCGGCCAGCAUCCCCAAACUCAGGCGCCUCAGCUGGGGGGACUGCAGAUGGUUCUGGGGGUGCCCAACCCACUCCAUUGCUAGGGGAGCCUGGCCCCUAUGCCCAGCCCAGCGUCAACACACCCCUGCCCAACCUGCAAAAUGGGCCCGUCUACGCCAGGGCCAUCCAGAAGAGGGUGCCCAAUGCUUAUGACAAGACCGCACUAGCUUUGGAGGUAGGUGACAUGGUGAAGGUGACUAAGAUCAACGUGAACGGCCAGUGGGAAGGCGAGUGCAAAGGCAAGCGUGGUCACUUCCCCUUCACGCAUGUGCGGCUGCUGGACCAGCACAACCCCGAGGAUGAGCUCAGCUGAGGGUGUAGCUUGGGCCUCAAAUGGCUCGCCCCAUCCCCCAGCACACCCACUUCCGCCGCCAACUCUCACCCUUAUAUAUAUUAGUAAAUGAACACACACUCCUCUACAGUUCACUUGUUCCUCCACAUGUAUUCUGCUUCUUUGUUACAGUUCUGUGCUCACAUUCCACUUUUCCACUGUCCAUCCCCUUUUCCAGUGAGAACAGGUGAAACCUUGUCAGUUGUCAUUGGCCACUGCUUGCUGGUCUUCUGAGCUGUUUUUUUUUUUUUUUUUUUCCCCCCCUUCUUAUCCCUUUCCAAAUUCCCAGCUGGUGUACAAACAGUUAAGUCUUGAGAGAGCUGGCUAUAUAGACUCCAGUUUUUGCCUCGCCACAAAAUCAGAAUGAUAAUCCCAAAUGCACUUACGCACCUCAUAUAGCCACCCCAUUGAGGGUGCUGUGACAGACUUAUGGACAGUUUUUACACAGCCAGUCUUUAUACCAGCUGGGUAUAAACUGUGGGAAAAUAGAUGGUUGUGAGAGAAGGGGACUCUGGACUGGCCUUCCAGUGAAGCUGAAUGACAUGCCAGCACCAUGCUACGGAAGAAACGUCAAGUGCUGGAAAUGAGAUUAAGGGUGGGACCUGACUUCUGGCUCACAGGCCGCACUGUAAGUUGCAAACCAAGUUGAACUAGGCUAUGGUGUCCAUUUGUCUUUUUGAAAUGAAAUGAGAAAUACUGUUGUAUAGAACAUGCAGGGGCCACUAGAUGGUGUAUAGUUCCAUCAUUUUUGUACAUCCCUGUGUGCUUCAUUGAUGGUGCCCUUCGCAUUCUCGAACCCUUCUAUUGAAAGUCGGUUACCCCGGGUUGAUAUUGCACAGGAUACCACUUUACACACAGUUGGAGAACUUUAAUUGGCCUGGGAAACAAUCUGGAUUCUCUAUUCAGAAGGAAGUUAGUUUUUGAUGAAGGCCUGAAUUACAGCAGUGUGUUUGGUAUGCGUUCAGUUAUUGCCCUUCACCUUCCUCCUGUCUGCACUCAGGCACACCGGCAUUCUUUUGUAUUUGCCAGAUGCUGUUUUGACCCUGUUGGCCACAAAGCUCUAGUGAAUGGCUUAGUUGCUUUCCAAAUCUUUCACAGACUUUAGUUAAAUGUUUUUUAGCAUUUACUUUUUAACUGACUUAAACUGACUCUUCUGUAUUUGUUAUUGGCUGAAACCUGAUCUCCAUCUGCUGUUGUGCCAUUGUCCCAGACUAGCUUCCUUUGAAAUUUACCUUUUUUGUGCUUUGUUUCAGUAUAUGGAGCAAGAAACAAUGUUGCCUGUGCUCUCUGUGCCUCAUGCUGUACUGGUUGUUGGUUAUAGACUCUGCCUCAUUCUCCUUUUUUUCUGGCCUUUGACAGCAGCCUUAGCUGUACUGCAGUGCUGCACAUGUCCUCAUUCGUUGGCUUUGGUCUCCUGCAUUUGUAACUCCCUCUGGCCCCCAUCUCUCCUCAUCACCAGUGCUAUGCUUAUCCAGGGAGGCUCGACUGGUUUCAUCAUUGUUGUUGGUUUUGACUGAACUUGCAGACAGUGGGCAGCUCCAGUCAUAAAGGACCCCAAGGGUCCGCUGCCUAUCAUUCUACCUCAUGUCGUAAAUUUUAUCUGAAGUCGUUAUUUAGACAAGAAGCCAGUUUUCUUGUCAUUCAAGGUCUGAAUCAGUCCCUGAGGGAAAGGUAGCUUAGAUGGACUCUGUUCCCUUUUACCAAACUCCCAAAAAGUACUGAAAAUAUGCAGUGUGUAAACACUAAUAUUAAAGCUUUUUUGCCCUAAGAUGACACUACCGGUUGUUGCAUUGACAGAGGAUCUUUUUGACUUAUUUUUAAAUUUUAAAUAUCCUGUAGUUUUAUCACCUUGAGGUGAUGUUGCUCUAUCUGUAUGAAGUAUCGCUGUGAUUGCAAGCAAGAGCACAUCAGGCUAGUACAGGUCUUCUGAGUGCAUUAAAAUCAGGCCAGUGCUGUGGUGAAAUUUUUCAUGUUAUUGUUUUGAAUGUUCUUGACAUUCAGAAAUGUGGUCCUGCACUGUGACCAUUACUUUGCAUAUGUUAGCAUUAAAUGAAUUCAUGUUUGUAGUGUUUCCUCUAAGUGGAAGACAGGUCAAAUGAAUUUACUUUUACAUGUCAAACAUUAAAGUCUGAAGAAUACUUUACAGUAUGGGUUCAUCAACAUAAGUGUUCAAAAGUUUCAGGUUCCUUGGAAAGAUAUUACAGGCUUUUUUACAUUGACAUUAUACAAAUUUAAAAAUCACUAAUCAUGCAUUUACUGAUAGAUGUUUGGAUACUAUGCUGAGUUUUCAUGGUUAAGUUGGAAAUGAGUGUUUGACAUGAAGGUUGGAAUGUAUCUAAAAUAGUCAGUGUAAUAUGAGCUGAAAUUACCAAGGUCAACUUGAAAAGUAUUGGAAUACUGUUCAUCCAAUCUGGUUGUGGUGAAAAAGAAAAAGUUUCCUAUAUUUUUGUAAUGGUCUCAUUGGUUCAGAAAUGGCACCUUUUUGUGCAAGUCUUUGCUGUAUUCAGUAGUCAGCUGCCACAUAUUCUCCCUACACAUACAUUUAGAUGCUUCACUGGGAUUUGCACUUAUAGGUUAUGUGGAUAUGUGUAAAGUGAAUAUUUUCAACUCCCAGAGAAGUGCCUGCAUUCUUGUGUUAAUCAUUGAA